CCCGAUAGUAUCGCGCAGGUUUGACAUCCAAGUUUGCCUAUCAUGAGUUUCAAAUGACCCCUCUUCGCACACUUGUCGGCGACCACCCGAGUCAUCAGACGGAACUUCCGGUUCAUUAUUGCCUUCAAAUUUGCCUGAAAUACUGGGGUCCGCAAGUGCCGCUUCUCCAUUCUUUCUUUCCCUCUUAUCAUCAUGAUUGCUACGAAUGUCGACGAGGAGUCUCCAUUGCUCCAUCCCCAGCACAAGCCAAAACGCACUCCUCUUCCCUGGUUCCAAUUCUGCAUUGUCUUGGUCCUCCAGCUUGCAGAGCCUCUCACAUCCCAAGUUAUCUUUCCCUUUGCCCCCCAACUCAUUCGAGACAUUGGGAUUACCCAUGGCGACGAAACGAAAGUCGGAUAUUAUGUGGGGGUCAUGCAAUCUCUUUUCUUUUUGACCCAAUCGAUGACCGUACUCCAUUGGAGUCGUAUCUCCGACCGUGUUGGACGCAAGCCCGUCAUCCUGACUGGGCUUUUUGGUCUCUGCAUUUCGAUGUCCUGCUUCGGUCUCUCUAAGACCUUCUGGGGUCUUGUUUUGAGCCGCUCUCUCAACGGUGCUUUGAACGGCAACAUUGGCGUUAUAAAAAGUAUGAUGGCGGAAAUGACUGAUGCGACAAACAUAUCCCAAGCAUACGCUUACCUUCCGAUUUCCUGGUGCACGGGUGCUACAUUGGGACCCAUCAUCGGAGGAGCUCUCUCUCGCCCGGCAGAGCAAUUCCCCAGCCUCUUCGGCCACUCUGACUUUUUGAAGGCGUAUCCCUAUUUCCUUCCCUGUGCCGUCCCAGCAUGCUUCUCUGCAGUCGCAUGGCUCAUCACAUACACCUAUCUCAAUGAAACUGUCAAACACCCGCAACCCGUCUCCAGUCUUUUCUUCAAGUCGUUGGACAAUCAGGAUACCAAUAAGACGACACCUGACUUAAGUGACGAUGAGAAACCUGUCCCCAUGCGAUCCCUCCUCAUUCCACGAGUUCUCAUCGCUGGUGCCAAUUAUGCAUGUCUGUCUUUGGUUGAGAUCGCCUUCAAAGCUAUUCAACCUGUCUUCAUGUCGAUGCCAGUGGAACUUGGAGGACUCGGGCUAUCUCCUGCAUUCAUUGGGAACAUCCUCUCCGCGUUCGGCAUCUUCAACGGUCUGUUCCAGAUCUUCUUUUUUGCCCGAAUCAAUGACUCCCUGGGCUCCAAGACUACUUUCCUUAUCGGGAUUGCGUCAUCGAUUCCAGUGUUUGUGUCAUUCCCCGUUAUUAGCACCUUGGUGAAGGCAGAUGGGUUAUGUACGCUGGUAUGGGUUGUUCUUGCCGUCCAAAUAGUAUCAUCAAUCGUCAUUAGCUUAUCGUAUGGUGCUAUCUUCAUUUAUAUUGCUGCCGCCUCGCCGAAUCGAGCGUCAUUGGGUGCAACAAAUGGGCUUUGUCAAAUGGCAGUCAGCAUUUGCAGGGCCAUCGGGCCCGCUGCUGCCAAUUCACUCUUUUCCCUUUCUUUGAAGCAGAGCUUUUUAGGAGGUUAUAUGGUUUAUUACGUCCUGCUUGCGACGGUAUGUGCGUCACUGGUGGUUGCUUCAUUCUUGCCACGUCGGUUGUAGUUUUGGGGAAAUAACGACUCGUAGACAUGAAAAAGCAGAUGAAAAUAGAAUCUGCCUUAAUAUUUUUCUCCCUUUUCUUAUCUUGAUUGAUUCUACUCACAUUCUGUGAAGCCCAGCGCCAUUCGGAAAUGGUUAGCUCUGCUGUUGGGCCUUUCUCCUAGUUCUCACGCGUAUUCGGCACUAUAACGAAACUUCUAUCGCUUGUGAUUUCAUCUCGGCGAGAUGGUGCCCUAACCUGUGACAUGGCAUCUUUUCGGUGAGGCUCCGCUUUGAGAAGAAUUCACGGUGAUAAUGCUUUUCACUCAGGGAGGCUUUCUAAUUUUCGCACAUAAUCGGGGUAGGAAGCAAAGAACCCUGGUACGAUUUGAUGAGUACAUGUACAGUAGACGUCCCGCAU